CAACCUGUUUGCUGUUUUGCUGUUGAUCUUCAGAAUAUUUUGAAAAAAUUGUUUAUAUUUUUAUACUAAAAAAAGACAACUUAUUGUGUAUUAUUCAAUAUUUCCGUUUUAAAUUUAAAAAAUCAAAAUAUAUCACAUCCGCUGAGACCUUGACUUUGUAACCAGUAACCCAGCAGGUAGCAGAUCCCCUUCACCAAAAAUUUCCAGUCCCCUUCAAGUAUUUACAUCAUCAAACCUUGUAAAGAUAAUUAAGUCCGAUAACCUCUACUUGUACUUUCAAAUUGAUUACAAAAUCACCUUAUCAUCGUGCCGGUUAUUUCGUUCUCGUUCUGUGGUUAAGUACUAGGUGGUGGUACGAUCUGCGCUACCGUGACCAUCCAGAUUUUGAUUUUUUUGACCUUUUCCUGACGACAUUUCAUUUCCUCAUGUCAGAAGUAGGUUUACACGCCGGGGUGAUAACAGAGCCGCACUCCAAGAAGGCCAAAAAGAUGUCCAACACCCUCGAACAACUUAAAGCCCUGACUACAGUGGUUGCAGACACCGGGGACUUUGAGGCUAUGAAAGCCUUCAAGCCUACCGAUGCAACCACCAACCCUUCCCUCAUAUUGGCUGCAGCGGCUCUACCACAAUACAAACCCAUCAUCGACAAAGCUAUCCAAUACGGCAACAAACUCGGCGGAGACAUGAGCCAGAAAUUGGACAACACCAUGGAUAUGCUAUGUGUCUUGUUUGGUGUGGAAAUUUUGAAAAUUGUUCCAGGACGAGUUUCCACUGAAGUCGAUGCAAGACUGUCCUUCAACAAGGAAGCCAGUGUUGCCAAAGCCCGCAAAAUCAUUAACCUGUAUGAAGAACAAGGUAUUUCCAAAGACAGAAUCCUGAUCAAGUUGGCAUCAACAUGGGAAGGAAUCCAAGCUGCAAGAGAGCUCGAAAAGAAACACGGCAUUCACUGCAAUCUGACAUUACUCUUCAACUUUGCCCAAGCUGUAGCUUGUGCUGAAGCUGGUGUCACUCUCAUCUCACCUUUUGUCGGCCGUAUUCUUGACUGGUAUGUCGCAAACACAGAUAAGAAGAGCUAUACUGGCGAUGAGGACCCUGGCGUCGUCUCAGUCACUAAGAUCUACAACUACUACAAGAAAUUCGGGUAUAAGACUGUUGUUAUGGGAGCCUCAUUCCGUAAUGUAGGUGAAAUAAAGGCAUUAGCUGGUUGCGAUCUGCUCACCAUCAGUCCCAAACUUCUCGGCGAGCUGGAAGCCAGCCACGACUCACUUCCCGUCAAGUUGAGUGUAGAAUCUGCUCUAAAAACAGACCUCGAGAAGAUAGAAAUGGAUGAGUCUACAUUUAGGUGGAUGUUGAACGAAGAUCAAAUGGCUACUGAUAAACUUUCAGACGGCAUUAGGAAGUUUGCUGCGGAUUCCAUCAAGUUGGAAGGAACGUUGAAACCAUUGUUGUGUGCUGCAAAGAAAUGAUGGGUUGUAUGAGGUUGAUAUAUAUUUUUUGUAAAUUUAAAUUGAGAAGUAAAGUUUUAUCUAUUUCGAA